GAUUCCUAAUUCUUUUCUUCAUAUCUUUCCAGCCAUAACUGAUCUCGUGCUUGAUCGCAUCUUCUUCUCUUGUGCAGUAAGAAAUACGAAAAAGGACACUAUGAAUUUAAUUGGUUUUACUAAUUUUCUCCUUGCUGAAGAGGAUAAGAAUCAUCCAACCAGCGUAGAGUACUGGUUCCGAGUUUUGGACGAAGAUGGAGAUGGCUACAUUUCAAUGUAUGAAAUGGAAAAAUUCCAUCAAGCUGUCAUUGAUAAGUUAACUGAAGAAAGGAUUGACACGAUGUCUUUCAAAGAUGUUGCCUGCCAGAUGUUCGACAUGAUUUGUCCGAAAAAUGGCACAGCAUUUCGAUUGAUGGAUCUUAAAAAGUCGCCGUUAAGUAUACGUUUACUCAAUGCAUUGAUAAAUUGGCGGAAGUUCUACGCCCAGGAGGUAACUGAAGGUACGGAAAGAGUUCUCGAUGAGAAUGGUCGAGAAUUAUCAGAUUGGGAACGCUUUUGUUCCGAGGAGUAUGAAACAAUGAUGGAAAACGAAGAAGAAGUUGACGAAAACUUGUGA